AUGGUAGAAAAUAUAGAUGAGUCGUACAGUGCCAAGUCCGUGUGGACCUUGUGGUAUUUAAAUUGUAUUCGUUUUGUUUCAGCUGUCUUGACACUGUACCUGACCACCAUUCUUUUGUACGAUGAUGACAUGGCCACCAUGAUUUAUCACGUUUUUUCUAUGGCUUGUUACUUCACUCCUGUUUUUGGUGCAAUGCUGGCAGAUUCACUGUUGGGAAAGUUCAAGACGAUUCUAUACAUCUCUAUAUUGUAUGCAUCGGGUAACAUUAUAUUAGCCCUGGCUUCCAUUCCCAACUUUCUGCCAAUGGCAGCUAUAUCCAUGAUAGGUCUCUUCACUGUAGCAGCAGGGACGGGAGGUAUCAAACCUUGUGUGUCAGCAUUCGGCGGAGACCAAUUUGGUCCUGGACAGGAACGUGACCUUCAACGCUUCUUCUCGCUUUUCUAUUUAUCCAUCAAUGCUGGAAGCUUACUGUCUACCUUUUUGACUCCAAUUCUGAGAGGCGACGUCAGGUGUUUUGGAGACAACACUUGCUAUCCUUUAGCUUUUGGUGUCCCAGCAGUUUUGAUGGUUAUAGCUUUAAUUCUCUUUAUCGUGGGACGUUCUAAGUAUAAGAUCAUUCCCCCGCAGGGGAACAUUGUUAUCAAGGUAGUGAAAUGUAUUGGUCAUGCACUGAGACGACGCAGCAAAGCUAUCAAAGAAGGAAUAAGAAAAGAUCAUUGGUUGAACUAUGCUGACGACAAGUAUGACACAAAACUGAUUGAAGAUGUGAAAGCUGUGUUAUACGUGUUACGUUUGUAUCUGCCAAUUCCAGUAUUUUGGGCACUUUUUGACCAACAGGGCUCAAGAUGGACAUUGCAAGCUACCCGAAUGAAUGGAGAAGUGGGAGGAUUCAUUGUGAAGCCAGAUCAGAUGCAGGUCAUCAAUCCAUUAAUGAUCAUCGCAUUCAUACCUCUUUUUGAAUACAUUAUUUACCCCCUUUUAGCCAAGUGUAACCUCCUAAUUAGACCUCUCCAGAGAAUUACAUUUGGAGGAUUUCUAACCGCAACAGCUUUCGUGAUUGCUGGGUUUCUACAGAUUAAGAUUGAAAACACGUUGCCUGCCCUUCCUUCGUCAGGACUCAGCCAGGUGGCGUUGAUCAACGCAGCUCCAUGUCCCUUGAACAUUAAAAGUGAUUUCCUGGAAACAAAAUUAGCAGUAAACCAGAUUUAUAUCAUAAAGGACUUAGAGUCAAAUGUAUCCCAUAACCUGACCUUCACCUCUACGCCAGGAGAAUGUGACAUUAAAUUCGAGCCCGUUAAUUACGUUCUUCAGACAUCAAGUAAAGACGUACAAGCCAUGAUGGUGACCUCUGACCUCUCAAAAUUAUUGAUACAUCAGGUAGCAGACACGUUAAAGAAGCCAGAUAAGGGAGAAGUGAACGUUCGAAUAUUUUACAAUUUUUUAACAAGCGUGGAAACCAACAGCACAUUCAAACUGAGUGGUCCAAAAGAUUACGAGAUACCAAUUCAGAAAGUCACUACUUUAGACAACACAUCUAUAACAGUCCUUGGAAGUACAGAAUAUACUAGGGUACUACCUGGGGUGUACUCACUAAGUCUGCUAAAUUCCAAUUCCUCAGGCUUUAGUGUAAAAUUGCCAGAUUUUCAGGUGAAGAUGGGAGGAGGUUACAUUUUUACGAUCGCACCUAACCACAAAUCCGAGCUGUCAACGAAGCUACACACAGUGGUAGAACCAAAUGAUGUCUCCAUGUUCCUUCAGUUUCCUCAGUACAUUAUUAUCACAGCAGGAGAAAUUAUGUUUUCCAUCACUGGCCUUGAGUUUUCUUAUUCUCAGGUAAGUUCCUCUGGACAUUAUCAUCACAGCUGGAGAAAUUGUUUUCAGUCACCAGUUUUGAUAUUUCAUAUUCUCAG